AUGUGGUUCGCCGGCGGAGGAGGAGCACUGAGGAAGCUUUGCAGAGCGACGGGUGUAUUGGAGAAUGGGAUGAGUGGUAGUAACUCUCUGUUCGUGAGAUACAUGUCGAGAGAACGAGCCGUAAACGUUCGGAAGAUAAACCCUAAAGUUCCGAUCCAAGAAGCUUACGUCAUUUCCAAUUCUCUCUACGAUGUCUUUAAGAAACAUGGCCCUCUCUCCGUUCCCAACACUUGGCUCCGCGCUCAGGAAGCAGGGGUAAGUGGAAUCAACAGCAAAACGCAUAUGAAGCUGUUGCUGAAAUGGAUGAGAGGGAGGAAGAUGCUAAAGCUAAUCUGCAACCAAGUUGGUUCCUCCAAGAAGUUUUUUCACACCAUUUUAACUGAAGAUCCUCAGCAAGAGACACCACCACCGGUUGCUGCUGCGACUGCGACUGAGAACAACAAAAGCAAGAACAACAAGAGCAAGAGCAAGAACAAGAAACAAACCUCUAAGAAAAAAAGCAAAUAA